AAGAAUAACGAAGCACAGUUUUUUUCCACCUGUCAAUCGGUCAUCAGUUAUUAAAAAAAAAAAAAAAUAAAAUAAAGUUGAGAAUAAACUCAAAAAUACGUGAGUAGAAAUGGGUAAAGACGACGCGGAGACAACCGCACUGAAAAAAGAGCUGGAUGACUUAAUAAAAAAAUGCCAGGAAGAUCAGAAGAAGCAACAAGACACCACGUUGGAAGAAGCUUGCUCUUCAGUAGCAGAUGCUCCGAAAAUAAAACUAUCCACGAAGAAACUUCUUAAAGGACACAUAAACAAAGUUAACUCUGUGCAUUACAGUGGUGACAGCAGACACUGUGUGACUGGAUCAUUAGAUGGAAAAUUAAUCAUCUGGGACUCAUGGACCGGAAAUAAAGUCCAAGUAAUUCCUCUACGUUCAGCCUGGGUGAUGUCUGUCGCAUUUGCACCCUCUGGGAACUUUGUUGCUUGUGGAGGGAUGGAUAAUAUGUGUACUGUCUAUGACGUAAACAAUCGUGAUGCAACUGGGUCAGCUAAAAUAACCCGGGAGUUAUUGGGUUACGAGGGUUUCUUAUCUUCAUGCAGAUUCUUGGAUGACCAGAAAAUAAUUACUGGCUCUGGAGAUAUGAAAAUAUGCAUGUGGGAAUUGGAAUCUGGUAAGAAGACAACAGAUUUUUGCGCUCAUGCUGGAGAUGUCGUCAGUAUCAGUCUUUCUCCAGAUGGAAACAGUUACAUAACUGGAUCCGUUGACAAAACUUGUAAAUUAUGGGACAUGAGGGAAGAAAAGGCUAAACAAACUUUCUUCGGUCAUGAAGCUGAUGUAAAUUCUGUUUGUUUUCAUCCUUCGGGAUACUCUUUUGUAACAGCAUCAGAAGACAAAACUGCUCGACUGUGGGACUUGAGAUCCGACCAACAACUCGCUACAUACAAACCACCAAGCUCUAAUCCCGGAUAUACUUCUUGUGGAUUAUCUCUGAGCGGUAGAUAUAUCUUCUGCGCGAGUGACGAUAAUUCUAUUCAUAUAUGGGACAUAUUGAAAGGCCAAUACAACGGAGCUUUAGCCGGACACGAGAAUAGAGUUACUUCUUUAAGUGUAGCUCCAAAUGGAAUGGCAAUAGCCAGCUGCUCAUGGGAUCAAUAUGUCAGGGUUUGGGUUUAAAUUAAUUAAUCUAUAGAAAUGAAAUUAAUUUUCGUUAAUCACUUAUAAAACUAUUUGAGCACUUGAUAAAUAAAAUUAUUUAAUUUAAAUAA